GAAAAAUCAUUUGGCAUCUGAUAAAGUAGAUGAUGAGCUGACUGCCCUGCGGCUAGAGGACGUAGAAGAUGAAUUGAUGAGGGAAGAAGUCAUCUUGUCCCCAGGCCCAUCAAUGCUCAGAUUGCAAGUAACAUCAAAGCCAGUUGACCUCCUGGUAGCAAAGGAAGUCAAGAUCCUUCUGUUUGGUUCUACUUUUUGCUGCUUCAAUGAAGAGUGGAAGCUUCAGAGUUUUUCCUUUAGUGACACUGCCUCAUUAAAAUAUGGCAUUGUGCAGAAGAAGGGUGGUCCCUGUGGGGUGUUGGCAGCUGUCCAAGGCUGUGUGCUGCAGAAACUCCUGUUUGAAGGGGAGAUUGGAGCUGACUGCCCUCAGCGGCUGCAGCCUUCAGAGGCCCAGAGGACACACUGUCUCACCCUGGCCAUCGCAGACAUCUUGUGGCGGGCUGGGGGCCACAAGCGAGCCGUGGUUACACUGGCUUCGGGAACACAGCAGUUCAGUCCAACAGGGAAAUACAAAGCAGAUGGAGUCUUAGAAACACUCAUGCUUCACAGUUUGACCUGCUUUGAGGAUCUGGUGACUUUUCUCCAACAUAGUGUUCAACAGUUUGAAGCAGGCCCAUACGGCUGCAUCCUGCUUACCCUGUCUGCCAUCCUGUCCAGGUCCCCAAAGCUUGUCAGUCAGGACUUUGAUGUCCCCACCAGCCACUUGAUUGGAGCACAUGGAUACUGCACACAGGAACUUGUCAAUCUGCUCCUGACCGGCAGGGCUGUGUCUAAUGUUUUCAACGACAUUGUAGAGCUGGACUCUGGGGAUGGGAACAUCACGCUUCUCCGAGGCAUUGCUGCACGCAGCGACAUUGGCUUCUUAUCUCUCUUUGAGCACUACAACGUGUGCCAGGUCGGCUGCUUCCUGAAGACCCCAAGGUUCCCCAUCUGGGUGGUGUGCAGCGAGAGCCACUUCAGCAUCCUCUUCAGCCUACAGCCAGAGCUCCUGUCUGACUGGAGAGCUGAGCGGCUCUUUGACCUGUAUUACUAUGAUGGCCUGGCCAACCAGCAGGAGCAGAUCCGGCUAACUGUUGAUACCACCCAGACCAUCCCUGAGGACAACCAUAAUGACCUUGUACCUCCCCUGGAUCUCUGCAUCAGAACCAAGUGGAAGGGAGCUUCUGUGAACUGGAAUGGCUCAGACCCCAUCCUGUGACCCUUUGAUUCAGCUAAGCUCUGGCUCCACUGCUCAUCACUGGGGUGACCCCUGAACCCCAGGCCUCCGGGACAAGACUCUGAGAAGAGUCACCCCUACCUGGGUCAAUAUGGCCACAGAAGCAUACAGAGCCUCCCUGCCCCUUCUGUGAAGGGCCUACCCAGGACCGUGGGUGCCCAAUGUGCUGCUGAGGUUCCCACCUAGCUGAGCUGUGACUGCCAAAGACAGGAAGAAGGCCACGAGGGACUCAGCUGCCUUCUGUCUGCAUCCCUCCCUUGCUCCCCCUGGGUCGUCCACUCACCAAGACCUCCGAUGUGGUUGGCUUUGGGGACCCAGGCACUUGUUAUUCGUCUUUCUAUAAAGCAAG